UAAUCUGUGAGUCGUUCUCACAACCAAGAAAAAAUCGGACGACCCUCCAUCUGACAGUCGGCUCCUGAAUGUGGAUGGGAGGCCUUGGUGAGAAUAGCGUCACCAGCGCGGAGCGCUCUUAUUGGUCAACGCUCUUCGAGUCAGUCGACUGGGGGCGGGGCUUCCCACAUGCACUCACGGUGUAGACCAAUCACAGCGCACGUUUUCGAACCGAGCGUCAGAGCGACCAUUGACACGAAGGAAAUGGCGUAGAGGGUCGCGGCGACUUAAGGGUGACAAAAAAAGUAAAGGUUUUUUUGCGCUGUUAGAGACGGUGGAAGUUCUGUAUUGAAAGGGCAAAAUAUUCAGUUAAAUUCCAAGGCCCUGUUAAAACUACCGGCGUACGUUUGCAAAUGAUUUCAGUGUCGCACUGGCACGGAAUAACGGUUCGCUGCAGGUAGCCGCUAGCUAAGGCAGUGCUGUGCACACGGCGGCGGCGCGGCACGCGCGGCUGCUGCUGGAAGCUUCCUUUGCCCAGUCUUCGUUCCUCCCAGGCUGUGCGUGUGUGGCGUGGGGACCGAGCGCCUGUCGACCGGGCUGCGAGGAGGGAGCGCGGAAGCUUAGUGAGUGUCGCCUGGCUCGGUUGGGGUGCCUCCAGGGGUUCCACCAUGCUGGGUCCGUGGUGAAGAAGAACGCUGGACCAAGAACCCGUUCCCCACUCUGAGUAUGUGGAUGCAGGGCGGAGAUGGAGGGGUGCAGUAGAAUGAGUGUCCGAGAGCUAUGCGAGACCGAUGACCUGGCCACCAGCCUGGUGCUGGACCCUUUGCUGGGCUUUAGCACCCACAAGAUGAACAUCAGUCCACCACCAGAGAUCCGCCGCUGGGGUUUCCUCAGGGAGAAGCUGUUGCGCUUCCAGCGUACCCAUGACUUCAGGGCCACCUUUGAGGCCCUGACUGGCGGCGAGUGGGCCUGGACUUACUUUGCUGAGCUGGGGUCUCAUAGGCAGGAGCUCCUGAGGCAGCAUGUGUACCGCUACCUCAGUGCUUUCCUGUUAGACAGCGGAGUACAGAUUGAAUCCUGUCACCGCUACUCUUCGGAAACCAACGGAGCAAAGAUUACCGCCACGCGACACUGGUCGGUGGGGGAGAGAGUGGAAGUGCUGCAGGGCUGCAUCGCGGAGCUGAGUCCUGCCGACAGUGCGGUACUGAGGGCCGGAGUGAACGACUUCAGUGUCAUGUACUCGACGCGCAAGCGCUGCGCUCAACUGUGGCUCGGCCCUGCUGCCUUCAUUAACCACGAUUGCCGACCCAACUGUAAGUUUGUCCCAGGGGACAAGAAUGGAGCGUGUGUGAAAGUGAUCCGGCCCAUUUCUCCAGGGGAAGAGAUCACCUGUUACUAUGGCGAUAGCUUUUUUGGCGAAGACAAUGAGAUGUGUGAGUGCUGCACAUGUGAGAGGAGGGGAGAGGGCUCCUUUAAGCAGAGAGAAAGACAAUCGAUGAGCAAAGAUCCUGCUGAGGCCUCAGGGCAAAAGUACAGCUUACGAGAAACAGACCUUCGCCUGAGUCGAGAGAAGGGGAUCUCUGCUCCGAGAACUUUCUCUGCUCUGUCCAACACAGCUCCUCCUAUAAAACAGUCCCUGGGUCAGCGGCUGAAACGGACUCCGCUCACUUUCAGCAACAACAGUAGAGGAAAGAUGAGAGUUCCAAAUGGAUGGAGGCAAGAAGAGAGAGGGAGAGCAGCGGAAAAAAAGAACAUUGCUGUGCCCUCUUUGUCACACAUUGUUUUUAAGGAAUUGAGAGUGCAGUUGCAUCGUUUACCAGAUUUACCAUUGCAGACCUCAGCAUAUGUAAUAAGAAGCGGAACACCUAAAGACUUGGAAAAUUGCAGGCCCUUUGCCAUUCCCCUGCCAUCAAGCGGACAGGACAAGGAAGGCAGAGAGAGGGAAACCUUGUGUUCAUCACCCACACCAGUUCACGACUUCACCACACGCCUCUUUGUUCUCAGCUCUCGCUCUGCUCCUGGCAGUGAUGAGCACUCUGUGGAGAUGCCCUUUGACCUGGUGGAGAAGUCCCUGCCAAGGGUCUCCACUAGCAGUGUCCAAAAAAAUGUGUGUGAACAUUUGAGCACCAGUUCUGCCUUGGCUCUUCCCAAAGAUUUUGUGAGCAGCAAGAAAAAUGUUAACAGUCAGAGUGUUUAUAAAAGCAUCAAUUUAACAGGAGCACUUGAUAGCGGCAGUGCCGGUGGUAGUAAAAGUAAAUCAGAAGGCUACAACAGUGAGGCUGUGACAGCGACCACAACUACUACUGAGUGUAUCAGCUUAGUCAGCAGCGGAUGCAUUAGUAACGUGGCUUAUGUUCAUAACUCAACAUACACUGGAGGAGAAGAGUACGAGAGCAGUGGGAUUCAGCAAGGAGGCUCACGCCAGCUUAUGGACGUGAGAAGAGAUGGGUGUGUGAAAGCACACACGCCGGGCACUGACAGGAACCUCCGGGUCACCAAACGCUCAGAGUCUAGUAGUCCAAGCAACUGUAGCAAAAGACAUACGGUUUGUAAACCUGAAGUGGAGUCCAUGGAUCAAGGACAUAGUAAUGGGCCUUGCAUCUCUGAUUCACCUCCAUCUGCCCCCUGCUCCUUGUUCUCCUCCUUCAGUUCCUCCAGCUAUGUGGCUUUACCGACUCCCCAGCAGCCGCUUUGGUCUUUGUUUAAUCGGUACCUAACAGUUGAUCUGGUCAGGCUAUCAAACGUAGAUGCUGACAGAGCUGGUCAGAAGGCAGAGAAGGGGGAUGGGGAAGGGAUGAAGGAGAAAGUAGGAGGGAGCAACGCUGGAGUAGAAGAGAGGCAAACCGAAACUAGAGUUUCCAGAGCACAGCAGAACUCUAAGAGGAGGAAUGGCAAGAAUUUUGGAAGACUUCAAGGUAAGAAAUGGCUGAGGGAGUUUCAUUUUAGAGCAGUUGAUUGCACAGGUACAGAAAGUGAUGCAGAUUGUAAUGUUGUGGCUAAUAUACCACAGGUGCAAGGAGGUAAUGGUAAGAGGACAGGAUGCAAGGCUGUUGAAUGUCAGACAGACUUAAAGGCCAUAAAAAAGCAAGCAGAAGAGGGAAGGAAGUAUAAGAACGAAAAUGAAGGAGAGCAAGAGAAGGGUUGUGAGAAUACAGCGACAAUGUUGUCAAAAUGCAAGGGUGUGGCUAAGAAAAUGAGGGAAAAUAUUGCAAGAGACCAUGCAAGUGCAAAUGACAGUGAAAUGCUUGCGUUGUCUAGGGAUAACAUUUGUAUUAGGGAGGUGAAAGUGCUGCUAUCUGAUAUUUUUAAAGACCUCAAGGGGAGGGAGGAAGUACAGUAUGUUGGGACUUAUCGGUCUCACAAAGGCAGGGAUUUUGAGAGUGCAACAGACAGGGUAUAUGUGCAGUUGCUUAAAGCAACUAAGGCAAAAAAUAACAGAAGGAGAAGCAGGGGUGGUAAGAGACAGAGAAAAGAGAAAAAGUUGAAGGUUCCUUUGUUUACAGCUGAUAGGACAAUCUCUGAUCAAGUGGAUACCUUGCAGCCAGUAUCUCCUCAAGUCCUUGAACAUCUCCCAACAGAUGGUGUAAUCUCAGAGGACCCCAAGCCUAGUUUUCAUCUUUCUCCACUAGUUAAUUAUGUUGUUAAAUCUGACUGUAUACCAUGUUUGGAUCCCAAUCCGCAGGCACAGGCCCAAACCAAUAUACCCUUAAAGAAAAGGAUGCCUCGAAAAGAAAUGGACGUGGAACCUGAACAUGGGUUAAAUGUUGCUUCUUCAGAGGUAUUUUCCAGGAACGUCACACAAUAUUUUCCAAAGCAAAACAAUGAUUUAAAUACAAGAGAAGAAGGUAAAGGGAUUGGAUCAGAAAUGAAGGACAGCGCAACUGAAAAAGAGCAUAGUUUAAGCAAUCACUGUAAAUCUGGUUUUAAAAUGAUGCCUGUUUUUCGGUUUAAGAAUGCCACCAUAAAUAGGACCUUUAAACAAAGUGCAACUUUCAAGAAGUUGCUUUUCAAGGUGAACUGCAGAAAACUAGUGAGGCGGCACAGGGCGCUUAUGAAAAGAAAGAGAAAGAAAGGGACAGUAGCUGAAAGAAAGACUGAGAAGUGUGAGAAAGAGGGGGAGGGAGAAAAGAAGAGUCUGAUUGCGAUCUUGGAUGGGUUUGAAAGUAUGGCACCACAGAUAGAGCAAAGUACAGGGAGUAAGCAGAAGGAAUCACCUGAAAGAAGUCAAAGAGAGAGUGUUCUGGGAAAUGAUGACCUUCAGUUGACAGAAAAUAGAAAAUCACAGCUUCCAGUAAGCUCUUCUGGGCACCAGAAGCCGUCAUCUUUGAGAAUUUGCUCAUCAGACUCCAUAGACCAGAACUCUGAAGAGCAGCCUUUGUCUGCAGAGACUCAGGAGCUAACAGGUGUUGAAGGUAAUGACCGUUGUGAGAGGGAAGAACUGAUGGAAUUGCAGCAACAGUCUGAAGCCCAGGUUUUGUCCAACUUGAACAGUUGUAAUGUUAAGGAUUGCUAUAAUUUCAGAUUUCGUUUCAAGAGAAAAAAAGGAGAAGAGUGGGAGGUAGAAAAAAAUGUGGAAGGACAAGAAAAUAUGGUCGAAAUUAACAAUCCUCUAACAAAAAGCCAAUAUUUAGAACCUUUUCCAGCUGUGGUGAACUCCUCCUCAGGUGUGGAUUUUGAAAAGAUGAAACCGGUAAAAGUCACUUCAAAGCAGAAACAACAGUGUAUGGGCAAUGUGGAAGAAGGGAGAUGCUUGGAAAGGAUGGAAAACAUUGGAGGAAAUGAGGGAGGGGAAGAAAGUGACAAAUUAGUGCCUUUUCCGAAUAACAUUCAGAAGGAGAACUGCAGAACUGGUGAGGUUCAUGACAGAAAAGGCUCUGAUAAAGAGGUUGACAGGCUUCGUUUACAGAACAAAGAUGAAAUGGAAAAAUAUGCCUUGACUGAAACGAGGAAUGAGGUCAGUUUCUGUAAUGCUUUUAAAGGGGAGCGGUCUUCAUUGAGAAUCCGACUGCGAAGAAAAGCCGGGGAAUGGGCAGUAGAUGUCGAGGAGAAAACACAGUCGCUUGGGAGGGCAAGACAAAGGGACUCAGAAAGAUUAUCUGACAUGGUAAAAAUGGAAGAGAAUGUUUGUUGCAGUCUGUUAGAGAUGCGGUAUGGUGGAAAACCCAAGUACCAGGAGCUCAAAGAUGACAGGUCUUCAUGUUUUCUGUUCAAAAGGAAAAGGAACCUGAAACCUAAAGGGCUACGAUGUCCAAAUACAAAGCCUUUCAUUGGCACUCUCUCUCUCCACACUCAUCAUAGUGCAGGUGAAGAUACCGGAGGAAACUGGAGACUGAAAAAAAGAAGAAAAAUCAUUGCAGAUAAUGGAAGGGUAUCCAGAAUGCAAUCAAGAAAAAAGAGAGUGCGGCAAAAGGGAAAGAAACAAAAAAGGACCACUUGCUCAAACCAUAACUUCCAUGCCAAUAACCGUCUCUCCUCUGCACUUACACUUGAAGCAGCAAAUCCGCUGUGGUCCUCUGACAGCAGUUUCCACACUGAUAUGAAUUCUACCUCCUUGCCGCUGCAGCCCAAACCUCAAUCCUCGCCUUUCCUGUCUGAAAGGUCUCUUGUUGCAGACCCCAGUAACGUCGAGUGUUGUGACGAACUUCUAGACUUUCAGUCGUUAAAUUUAGAAGGAUAUUAUCAGAUUACUCAGCAAACCAGCCUCGAAAGCCCGUUAACAGAGUUUUGCACGCUGGAUGGAGAAAAUCAAUCAGCGUCCCUCAAUAGUCCCUUCCCUCGUUCAGCAUCUGAUGUGUGGCAUGCGGAGUCUGCACAUCUAGACGCACCAAGUCCAGGAAGUAAUUUCAGCCCAAGGACAGACCUGGAAUGUUUUCCAAAUUUCUGCUGUCCAAAAGUAGAAGCUCUCUCUCUGAAUGAAUGCCACCAUUCCGCCAAAGAUGUGCUUAAAGAUUGUGCAUCAGAUUUAUCUGCCUCAAUGUCUGAGGUUCAGAAAAUACCUCCUGUGAUCCAUCCUUUUCUGGAUAAAAAUCAAAUAAACCCCAAAAAGCAGGAUCAGAGGGUGCACUCCUUACCUCUUGCUGGAAGAAGUUGUUGCUCAGUUAAAGAAUCACCACUGUGUGACGCAGCAUCCUGUCCUCGGUAUUUUUCACGUUCAGGCCCUCUCAGUCAAGUCAGUUCACACAAUUACAACUUUGGUUCCAGGGGAAAAGCCCGUUCAGACUGUGCACAAGUCCAGGAACUUGUGCAAAACAGAGGCUUUGCACCCUCAAGCAAAUCUGAGUCUUUUUAUACAACCCAAACAAGUACUAGUGUGUACGAUCUUGGGACACAGACUCAGCCUGUAAAGUCAUAUCAUUCGACAGUGGGACCAAAAUCUGAACUGUACUUGAGUACUCAAACUGUUAGCCUUGGAGAUACAUUCCGUUGUGCGUAUGACAAAAAUGUUGGCAUUUUCCACAACUCCGAUUACUCAGUAAAAAUUCAAGGUUGCCAGCAAAGUCAGAAUGUUCAUGCUGCCCAUUGUCAAGAUGCGAUGGCUGUCAGAAGCCACAACUUUCCAUGCAAGUCUGGGUACGGAGAUUCGGGAAAGGGUAGUCUGUUCUACGGUGCAUCAAAUUCCGCUUCGGGUUUUCAUCAAGGUAACUUCCCAGAGUGUGACUUCACUCCAAACCUCAACAAGUCUCUUUGUCACAGAGAUUCAGUUUACCUGACCUCCAGUAAAGACACGAUGACUUUUGAGAAACAGCCGCCUGAAAAGUUUCAUCAUUGCUGUAGUUUAAGUGAUAAAGACAUCUCUCAUUUGCCUAAGGCUUUCCCACUUUCAAACCCAGUUCAUGUAAAUUACUGCUCAUCUCACAACAAGCACCCAAAUCAAGACAAAGGUAGAACUCUUCUUCACCCGGAGAACUCCCCAGCUACAUGUAACAUGUCUGCCUGUCCAGACAAAUGUCAGCUGCCUUUUACCAAGGCUUCAUCAUUCACAAACUGUGAAUCUUCUCACCUUGCAUACAAUCCAUCUCUGUCUUCUGUGGACCAACAGCAGCCGAUGUGUCAGCACAUUAGCCCUCAGAUUGUUCGCACUCAAAGUUCUGACCAGCAGGUGCCAGUGAACAAGGCUUCUUCCCACUGUUAUAGUCAAGCUUCCCCCUGUGUGUUGAACUUCACAGGUGAUCACUCUGUGAGUCUAGAUUACAAAGAUGGAAGAGAGUAUUUGAACUACCCCUGUUCCACGCCUACCAGUUAUGCUUACCGCUGCUUGAUGGAGCCCUCUGGGACACAAGGCAGGCUAGUCCUUGAGCCGUGUAGGCCAUUGUCCUCCAACUAUUCCUCCUUUCCCUCUUUCGGCAGCAGUGCAGGCCUGGGGAGCUUGGAUGAUCAGGGUAGGAGGGAUGUGCAUGAGUCUAGCCAAGGUGCGGGCCAACCUUUGCAGUGUGGUGCUCGCUCUCUCCAUGCAUCAUCCCACUCGCUCAUCCCCCCUCACCCAGACAGGAAACCCAAGCGACUAAGGCUUGUUGUAACUGAGGGAACUGUGGAUCUAGACCUGCAGUAUGCAGACUAAUGGAAACAUCAAUUUUGUCUUGUUCUUGUGCUGGUAGUUGAUACUUAACUGGUACAAAAGGAAUUGGUUCACAUUUCUACGAGUUGUUUUGAUUUGUCUACUUUAUAGAACAGAAUUUUUCCUGAAGAAUUUUUAAGAAAUGACUUUUUGGCGUGCAAGGUUAUUUCUAUUGUUUUUAUAUUGACAGUUAUGAAAAGAUACAAUUUAUACAUUAAUUUUUAUUCUGAGACUAUUGAGUAAUGGUCUUAACCAGAAUCUGGUGAAGUUUAACCAGUUAUUACAGUUUCACAAUGAUACUCAUUGUCUUAAUUUUUUUUAUUCACCCAAAACUUUGGGACAUGACAUUUCUAGUUGAUUAAAUAGCCUGAAAAUCUUAACACUCAAAGUCCCCCCCCCCGGAGAUGUAUGAAUGAUGUUUUUUUUUUUUUUUUUUUUUUUUUUUUAAAAAAUGAGCUGUUACUGUAAAUGUAAUAAACACCAGAUUUUUUGAGAAGUGCCACAAGUUUCUGCUGGUCUGUUGUUGCCGAUCUUAGUAGGAACCGAUAGGGGGUGUCGAAGUGCUCUGUAGUGAAUUGUGUGGUACAUUUGAGUCGGUUUUUUUGGACAUACUGUGCUGUUGUACACAGGAGGCCAUGAAUCUGACGAAAUGCGCUGUGUUUUGUAUCAGCGUCUGUGUGUUUGACUGGACUCAGACUGGAUUCAGCAGCGCAGCCUGUCAUACAACUCAUAAAGUUGCUGACCAUCCACUG